AUGGGAAUGGGUGGCCGCGUGAUGCAAAAAGCGAACAAAAUCUGCGCUAUUACCAUUUGUUCAGCCGAUACAACCAUGAACAUAACCACAAACGCGAUAAUCCUCCCGCAACUCACUCAUUUCUUGCUAUCGUUCAAAGUUACAUACAUUGAACUGCAAGAAUACUCAUCUCUCCCUCUAGCGGACCCUAACUGCUUUACUCCAGCUCGAAUAGACAUGGUAUUAGGAAGUGAUGUCAUCCCCCAAGUGCUACUUCCAGGCCCAAAAACCAAUGUCGGUGGAAGUUUAAUAGCGAAAAAUUCAAUAUUUGGGUGGAUUUUGAGUGGCCCAGUAACAGAGCACGUCUCAUCAUUCACGACCCAGGUAAUUGAGAACUCGACAGACACUCUGAACGAUCUACUCAAGAAGUUCUGGGAACAGGAGGAAGUACCAUCAACCCCGACUCUCACCGACGACGACGUAUUUUGCGAAAACCUCUACGAAAGGUCCACAGUUCGCAGAGAUGACGGUCGUUACGUAGUAAAACUCCCCUUCAAAACUACCUUCCCAGACACGAUUGCACUUGGACACUCAAGACCUGCAGCUCAACAACAGUACCUCAGUAUCGAGCGGAGCAUCGAAAGGAAACCUGAACUGCAGCAAACGUACACCAAAGUCUUGGAAGAGUAUCUGACCCUAGAUCACAUGGAACCCACAGCGUCGCAAGAGAUUAUACGUGAUGGGAAGUAUUUUUCCUUUUACUUACCCCACCACGCAGUUCUAAAGCCAGAUAGUAAAACUACGAAAGUGCGAGUAGUUUUCAACGCUUCCAAACUGUCUCACUCUGGCAUUUCUCUAAACGAUAUCCUCCACACGGGCCCCGUACUUCAAAAUGAUUUAAUGCUCGUUAUCCUCAAAUGGCGACUGUACAAAUACGUUUUCAAUGGUGACAUUGAGAACAUGUACCGCCAGAUUUACGUACAGCCAGAGGAACAAGAUUUCCAAAGAAUCGUAUUCCGUAGAACCCCUCAAAGCUCGGUCGAAGAUUUCAAAUUAAAAACGGUGACCUUUGGUGUCAAUUGCGCACCAUACUUAGCUAUAAGAACGCUGCAUCAACUAGCCAAAGACUCACAUGACAAACACCCAAAAGCCGCUAAGAUUCUACUGAACGAAAUUUACGUAGACGAUAUACUGUCAGGCGGACAUGAUCUCGACUCGACACUCACUUCGAUGAAUGAGGUAAUUGCAGCACUAAAAUCAGCAGGUUUCCCAUUAAAGAAAAUGACAGCAAACCACAAAGAUAUACUCCAAAAUAUACCCACAUCUGACCGCUUAGAAGCAGACUUCCUCCAGUUCCAAGAGUCCAGCUCCACAAAAACCCUCGGAAUAAAAUGGAAUGCCCUUAAUGAUGAGUUUUUAUACUCAAUCGAUCCUCUUCCAGACUCUAAUGUAGCCACUAAAAGACAAAUUUUGUCGUCCGUUGCUAAACUUUUCAACCCGGCAGGGUGGCUAACGCCAAUGAUGAUCCAAGCCAAAAUGUUACUCCAACAACUCUGGAUGGAAGGUACAGGCACAAAUGGAACGCAUUUCAAGGAAACUUAA